AUUCUCAACUAUGGAUGUUCUCACUUCGAACUGGUCCAACAUUCAAUCUUUACCCGAAAGCUAUGUUUUCCCACUUGAACGAAGGCCUGGAACCAAUAAUAUUCCGGCAUCCAAAGACAUUCCGAUCAUCAAUCUAGAAAAGAUUUAUGGCCCUGAACGAUCUGAGAUCGUUCAACAUAUUAUAAAAGCAAGUCAAGAUUUUGGACUUUUUCAGGUGAUCAAUCAUGGAGUUUCGAGGGACUUAAUGGAUCAAACAAUGAGAAUUUUUCAAGAUUUCUUUGCGUCUCCUGCGGAAUUUAAAUCGAGAUUCUACUCAAACGAUUUAAACUCGAGUUGUAGGUUGUACACGAGCACGUUAAACUAUAAAAAUGAAACGGUUCAUUACUGGCGAGACAAUUUAACUCACCGGUGUCAUCCUCUUGAAGAUCAUAUAACCCAUUGGCCUGAAAAUCCUUCCGGUUAUCGGAAUAUUAUUGGGAAGUACUCGAUUGAAGCGAGGAAGUUUUUAUUGACAAUGUUGGAGCUAAUUUGUGAAGGAAUGGGGCUCGAAACGGGGUAUUUUGGAGGCGAAUUGAGCAAGACCCAAUUGAUAUCAGUGAACCAUCAUAUUCCUUGUCCAAAUCCAAGUUUAACACUCGGAAUGCCCGAACAUUGUGACCCUAAUCUUAUUAGCAUGCUUCAACAAGGUAAUAUUUCUGGACUUCAAGCUCUUAAAGAUGGCCGAUGGAUCGGGAUCGAGCCUCUCCCUAAUGCUUUCGUUGUGAUCCCGGGGCUCCAGUUAAGAGUUAUAAGCAAUGGGAAGCUAUCAAGUGCGGUGCACCGAGUGGUGACGAAUUCAAAGGAGUCACGGACCACCAUCGGGACAUUCCUGACUCCUUCAAGUGACAUUUUAAUACGACCUGCGGAUAGUGUGCUCAAGGAAAGUUCCUUGACACCAUUGUAUCGAGGUUACACAUACAAAGAGUUUUUUAGUAUGUUCACGGGUAACAAUUGUGAGGCAGAAAGGGCACUUGAGUGUUUUAAGCUAUGAGCAAAAGUCACGUUGGCUUAAUUAGGUUAUUGUUUGUGUAUUCUACUACAUGUGUGGGUUCUUUUUUCUUUAUAUAAUAAUAGUUUGAACGUUGUAAAAUAUAUUCGUGUG